GGCCCUCGCCGGGUGUCUCGGGGCUCGCAGGGACCGAGGUGCAGCAGCCCCGGCGACCCUCAGGAGCUGCCCUGGCGUUAGUGCCGGUUUGGGCUGUGCUUUCGCCGUUAAGGUGUGAGAGGGUUGCACAAGAGCUGUGGGUGAUGUUGGGCUGCAGUGUUGGUGUGUGUCUGGAUGUGUAAACAGAUAUAUAUAGCCGUAUAUGGAUGUAUAUAUGCAUGGUUAUGUAACCCUUAAGGUUAUUGAAACGGGAGGCGCUGGGAAGAAGGAUGAAAGAAAGAGAUUGCUGUGAUACAUGUAGGAAAGGAUCAUGGACAAUCACUUUCCCAGUUGCAAAGAGGUCGUAAGUGAGGAGAGUGAGGAGGAGAGCAAUGGAGUCAACUUGAUGGAAUUCUCAGAUGAGAUCCUUCUGCACAUCCUCAGCUAUGUCCCUUGCACAGACCUGGUCCUGAAUGUCAGGAGAACCUGCAGGAAACUCGCAACACUUUGCCUUGACAAGAGUCUAACACAUACAGUUCUGCUUCAUAAGGACUAUAAGGUAAACAAAGACAAAGUGAAGCAGCUGAUGAGGGACAUUGGGAAGGAGAUCUACCAGCUGAACAUGGCCGGCUGCUACUGGCUGCCCAGCUCCACCAUCGACCACAUCACGCGCUGCAAGAACCUGGUGAAGCUGAACCUGUCGGGGUGCCACGUCACCUCCCUGCGCCUCUCCAAGAUGCUCUCCUCACUGCAGCACCUGCGCUCGCUGGCCAUCGACGUGAACCCGGGCUUCGAUGCCAGCCAGCUGAGCAGCGAGUGCAAGGCCACGCUCAGCCGCGUCUCGGAGCUGAAGCAAACCCUUUACACGCCCUCCUACGGCGUUGUCCCGUGCUGCACCAGCCUGGAGAAGCUGCUGCUGUACUUUGAGAUCCUCGACCACUCGCGGGAGGGGUUUAUGCUGUCUGGGCAGCUGAUGGUGGGCGAGAGCAAUGUGCCCCAUUACCAGAACCUGCGCAUCUUCUACGCCAGGCUGGCUCCUGGCUAUGUCAAUCAGGAGGUGGUGAGGCUGUACUUGGCAGUGCUGAGUGAUCGGACACCUGAGAACCUCCACGCCUUCCUCAUCUCUGCCCCCGGCAGCUUUGCGGAGACGGGAGCCACCAAAAACCUCCUGGACUCCAUGGCCCGAAAUGUACGUCUGGAUGCUUUACAACUGCCCAAAGCCUGGAUUAACGGCUCUGGGCUCCUGCAACACUUGAAGUUCAACAACCCUUUCUACUUCAGCUUUAGCCGAUGCACCUUAUCUGGUGGGCACCUGAUCCAGAGGGUCAUUAAUGGUGGGAAGGAUCUUAAGAGCCUGACCAGUUUGAAUCUCAGUGGCUGCGUUCACUGCCUGGCUCCAGAGUCCUUGUUUCGGAAGGCUGAAGAUGACAUUGACAGCAGCAUUUUGGAAAGCCUGGUAGUGUCUUGCUGCAAUCUGAGACACCUGAACCUCUCUGCAGCUCACCAUCACAGCUCUGAAAGCAUAGGGAACCACCUGUGCCAGCUCCUGUCCAGGCUAAAGCACCUGCUCUCAUUAGCACUACCAGUUUGCUCCAUCACAGAUGUUGCUGCAAGCGUGGAGAAGCCUCCCACCACACCUAAUCUGGUGCCCCAAACAUUUGGAAAGAAAGUUCGGAUUGGGAUACCGACAUAUCCAAAGAACUUGGGGGACCAGGCAAAUCAGAAGAUUGAGUCCUCGGUGUUUUGGGCUCUGAUGGGGAGCCUCAGAUUUUUGGAAACCUUGGAGAUAAUUGGGUCCAGUUUCUCCUCUGCCAUGCCCCGCAACGAGCCAGCAAUUCGGAACUCGUUGCCUCCCUGUGUCCGGGCACAGAGUGUGGGGGAUUCAGAGGUGGCUGCAAUUAGCCAAUUGACUUACCUGCAGAGCCUCACCUUAGCACAGCUGCCAAAUAUUCUCACGGGCUCUGGGCUUGUCAACAUCGGGCUGCAGUGCCAGCAUCUGCGGACUCUUUCCUUGGCCAACCUGGGCAUGAUGGGCAAGGUGGUCUAUAUGUCUGCUCUCAUGGACAUGCUGAAACACUGCAGGUGUUUGAGAGAUCUCAGGCUGGAACAGCCGUACUUCUGUGCGGGUGCCCAGUUCUUCCAGGCACUGAGUCACUGCUCCUCUCUCCAGCGCCUUUGCAUCGUCUCCCGGAGCGGGACUCUGCAGUCUGACGCAGUGAUGUCAUUCAUGGCCAGCUGCCUUGAGGUCAUCAUGUGCCACAUGUUUAUGGGAGAGCCUCUCACCGUUUGCAAAAAUCUCCAGCAGUCCAUUGUGCGGAGUUUCCAGGCAGAGCGCCCUGCAUUAAACGUCGUCAUUUUCCCUCUGCUUCACGAGGACUUGACAGAGGUCAUCAGAGAUGUCCCCAUGAGGCACUUGGAUGAAAUUACCUUGUUUAAAAGCAGAGUGGCUGAGGAGCCUCCCAAUUUGUGGUGGUGACUGUCACAGCAUGGAAGGGACAAGUCAUUGUGAACCCAUGGAGCAGCUUCUUGUUGGCCUGGAUUUCCCAUCCUCAGCUCCUGGCCACCUCAGUGGAUGCUGUACAAUCACUUCAAACAGGUGCAAUUGCAAAAUAAAAAAAGCUGGUUCUUUGCAGUGGGGUAACAUCUAUUGGAUAUUGCUUGCAUCUGAAAACCCUGUCUCAAAGGCUUGUGGAAUCUGAUGAGUGUUUCCUUGCGGUUAAUAUGAAUAAUUUUUGUUAUUGAAGUAAAAGGUAAGAGAAACUGACUUAAUGCUCUUUCCCCUGUGUCCCCUGGUGUCUGUCCCAAGGGCCCCUGUGUAUGUUGGCAGUGUGCUUUGUGGUUUUGGUGGAAAUCAUUCUUUGCUUCAGUCUGUUUUUGGCAAAGUAGAAAGCCUAGGCCAGCUCAGAGGCACAAAAAUGUGUUGCUCAAUUGAAGUGCAUCACAUCUUUUCUAUGUUACAAAUAGGCAUUUGUAGUCACA